AUCGUCAACUGUCAUGGCUGCCUGAGCUAGUGGACGUUUAUGUAGCUUUGAUAGGAAAUCAAACUCUUUGGAGAAGUAUAACCUUUUUUCGUUUAUCUGUGCAGGAAUUUAGGGUUUGGUUCCCUUUUUUGCUUAGAUAUUUCAUCAUGGCCGGGAGCAGUACGGCUCAGAAAACAUGGGAGCUCUCGAACAGCAUGCAGGAAGUUCAGAGCAUUGAUGAAAUUUACAAAUAUGACAAAAAGCAGCAACAAGAAAUCCUCGCUGCGAAGCCAUGGACGAAAGACCAUCACUACUUCAAAUACUGCAAAAUCUCAGCUUUAGCCCUGUUGAAGAUGGUGAUGCAUGCCAGGUCUGGAGGUAACCUGGAGGUGAUGGGCCUGAUGCUGGGGAAGGUGGACGGUGAAACCAUGAUGAUUAUGGACAGCUUUGCCUUACCCGUGGAGGGCACAGAGACCAGGGUCAACGCCCAGGCUGCAGCAUAUGAAUACAUGGCGGCUUAUAUCGAAAAUGCCAAGCAGGUCGGCCGGCUGGAGAACGCUAUCGGCUGGUACCACAGUCACCCAGGCUAUGGAUGCUGGCUCUCGGGUAUAGAUGUCAGCACUCAGAUGCUCAACCAGCAGUUUCAGGAGCCUUUUGUGGCCGUUGUGAUCGACCCCACUCGGACUAUUUCUGCAGGGAAAGUCAACCUCGGUGCCUUCAGAACGUACCCAAAGGGUUACAAACCCCCAGAUGAGGGACCAUCGGAAUAUCAAACUAUCCCUCUGAACAAGAUUGAAGACUUUGGCGUACACUGUAAACAGUAUUACGCCUUGGAGGUGACGUACUUCAAGUCUUCCCUUGAUAGAAAGCUCCUGGAACUCCUCUGGAAUAAAUACUGGGUCAAUACCUUAAGUUCCUCAAGUCUCCUCACGAACUCGGACUACACCACGGGCCAGGUGUUUGACCUGUCGGAGAAGCUGGAGCAGUCGGAGGCUCAGCUGGGCAGAGGCAGCUUCAUGCUCGGGUUGGACACGCAUGACAGGAAGUCGGAGGACAAACUGGCCAAGGCAACACGAGACAGUUGCAAGACAACCAUAGAAGCAAUUCACGGUCUGAUGUCUCAAGUCAUUAAGGACAAACUCUUCAAUCAAAUCAACACAUCCAACAAUUAAUCCUGAAACACACUUUGGAUUUCAUCUGGAGAAGUUUUUAUGUGCAUGUCUAGCACUUACUGGUUUAUGUGUGUGUGUGUGUUAACUGCUAAGAGUUGCAUUAUCUGCGAUUUCUCCCAGGAGUGCUUUUCUAUUCUCUUUUUUUUUUCUUUU